CGAACGAUGAGGUUGGUGUUACUUGGAGGGGCUCUAACUCAUAAAUACAUACAUCAUAAAUAGAAUAGUGCUAGUAUAAUCACGUAAUCGAGGCGCUAUCUAAGCUUCGAACGGACAAUUGGAAGCUGUGUCCACUGCCUCGGUACUACGCUUGGGGUAUUGCGUAGUAGGUACCUGGAUCGAAUGGCCCUUCCAGAAGGAUGGCCAACAUCAAUUAUUCGUCAUUUUCAGGGGUAGCUACUUUAUUUUAAAAAAGAUAUUGUUGCCCUUCUCGUAUGAUACCUAGGUAUAUGACGUUCGAAUUUCGGCAAAUACAAAGGUACAUCAAUUAACUGUAACGUUCAGCGUUGUAUUUGUAAUCUUAUCUAUGGGGGAAGAAAAAUAAAUAAAAUAAAAAAAAGUACCUACGACAUCCAAUCCAUUAGCCUUCAAAUAGUGUGUGUAGCUCAGCUCUAAUGGAGCAAUGCAGCUGGAGCCCCCCAACAAAUUUCCCACAAAUCUUCUAAACAGUUAUUUACUUUCUUUACUUUCCCUACCAUUCGUCUCUAACAAGAUAUAUUGAUUCUUGUUUCUAUCCCCCCAAUUGAGACGAACUUGGGUAUAGGCCACAGUCAAUCUGUUUGACGAGAUGGCUGGCUUGACCCUAAAAGUCACCAAUCGGUCUCGAAAGGGCCUCAAGGCGUUACCGACUACCAUUGAGUUACCCAACGAUGCCACCAUCGAAGAUGCGAAGAAGGCCGUUGCCCGCGCCGCCAAGGUAUCCGAUUACAAUCGUAUCGGUAUCUUCGACCCUGUCUCCAACAAGACUUUCAAGGACAAGAAGUCCUUAGUCCGGGACCAGCCAGAGGUUAUCAAGCGUGGAGAGCUACUCGUUAAGGACCUCGGCCCUCAAAUUAGCUGGAAACUCGUAUACGCAACCGAAUACAUCGGACCCCUCCUCUUCCACCCCCUCUUCCUCGGCCUCCGUAACUACAUCUACCCAGCCGUAUACCCCCUCCUUAAAAACCACCUCCCCUAUGCACGCGUCGACGGCGCCCUCUCCUACACGCAGCAAGUAUCCUUCGCCAUAACCAUGGCACACUUCGCCAAGCGCGAGCUCGAAGUCUUGUUCCUGCACAAAUUCUCCGUGAACACGAUGCCCUUCGCGUACAUAUUCCGUAACUCAUUCUACUACUGGGCGACCGCGGGUUUCCUCGCCGGUCUCGAGAUCUACGCUCCCUUCUCGCUUGCUGCUUGGGCUGAGGAACCCACGUUGGUGACUUAUAUCGGUCUGGCGUUAUUCGCGUUCGGCGAGUUGGCGAAUUUCGAUGUACACUAUUACCUCACGCGCCUGCGCAAGCCCGGUGAGACCGCGCGGAAGAUUCCCAAAGGCCACGGUUUCAGUAUCGUCACGUGCCCGAAUUACAUGUUUGAAAUCAUCGCUUGGGUUGGUAUCAUCAUGGUUACCCGCAGCCCGUCGAUGUUGCUCUCGAUUAUUAUCGGUUCAUACUAUAUGUACACCUGGGGCCGAGGAAAAGAGAAGGCUUACCGCGAGCAGUUCGGUGACAAAUACAAGAGGAAGCGGUACGUCAUGCUUCCGGGUCUGCUAUAGGUUAUCCAGGCUUGAGGCUUACGACGGUGCAUUUAAUGAAUGGGGGAUAAUGUUCUGCCAUACAUUAGGCAUUAUAUGAUUGCUUCUAGAUAUAAACAAAGCGAGUACACGAGAUUAGAGACAUGAAAGAAAAAAAGACUUAGAAGGAUUUAAGGCAGUAUACGAAUAAUGGUGUCCGAUACAUUCGGUCAGAAUCUAGGUACUUAGUAUACUGUCAAAUGCUAAUCAUAAACACAU